UGCAUGCCUAGUGUUGUUGCUGUCGUAAGAUUCAUAAGUAUUUUUUAUUUUAUGUAUAAAAUUUUAUGUAUAAAAUGGAUAUCGGGUUAAAUGUGUAUCAACUCAUUGUUUGCCUUUCACUGGUCAAGCCACUUUUAACGGAAGACCCUUGCCAAGGUUGCCUAAUUUUGACAGUACUCAUAAAAAACGGCCAGGCACCGCUUGCUCGCGAGUUAUCCGAAGUCAACAGCACCAGUUUUCUUGGGAUAAGAAGUUACUCCGCAUUUCUCACCGUCAAAGAAGAAUACGAUUCCAAUCUGUUCUACUGGUUCUUUCCUAAAGCUGACAUGGACAAGGCACCGUGGAUUAUUUGGCUGCAAGGUGGGCCAGGGAUAUCUUCGCUGCACGGCGAAUUCGAACUGAUUGGUCCGAUACAGAUUGUUGAUGGCAAAGUCACUGCUAGGAACGUGACAUGGGCUGAAGACUACUCCUUGCUAUUCAUCGAUAACCCGGUAGGUGCUGGGUUUAGCUUCACUGGCGACGAACGUGGUUAUCUGGAUAAUGAGGAUGACGUGGGCAGUCAAUUGUUCGAGUUUCUACAGCAAUUCCUUGAAAUGUUCCCGGAACUGCGUCGGGCGCCACUGUUCAUAGCCGGCGAGUCGUAUGCGGGGAAGUAUGUGCCUGCUUUAGGCAUACAAAUUCAUCGACACAGACGCACUAGUUCUAUCAACUUUAAGGGCGUUAUGAUCGGCAACGGCCUAAUCGACCCGCGUAGCAUGAUGCACUACAGCGAGCUAUGCAGAAUCCUCGGUAUCUUGGGAAACAGACAGAUCAACGAGGUCAAGAUACUCGAGCGCGUCGUUGUUUACUUGAUAGACCACAAAAAGUGGACCCUGGCUACCGAGACAUUCAAUGCAACGAUAAAAUAUAUCAAAAUGCAUAGCGGUGUCAGUGUUUACAACUAUCUAAAGAACCCGGACAAUGAAUCGCAUGAAUUUGUAUUUUUCCUGAAAAGGCCUGACGUGAGAGAAUGGCUCCAUGUGGGCAAUGCCAGCUUUAACUAUGAUAACCAGCUGGUAUAUGAGAAGAUGUUGCCAGAUAUCAUGAAAACCACCAAACCUUGGCUUGAGGAGCUAUUGGAGUAUUAUGGGGUUAUGUGCUAUAGUGGUCAGCUGGACCUGAUCUUGGCGUACAGCUUGUCCAAGUACAUGUACGACGCACUGCGGUGGCCGCAGCGAGAGGAGUAUGAGAACGCCCCACGCGUUCUACUGCGAAGAACUACUAAAGCCCCUAUUAUAGGGUACUCAAAAAGUGGCGGAAACUUCAUGGAGGUAUUGAUUCGUGGCGCCGGUCACGCAACCAUGGUUGAGCAACCAGAGGCAACCAAAUUUAUUGUUAAACGGUUCAUAGAUCAAUUCGAAUAAAGUUUUGA